GUCCUUUCGCUGUUGCCAUGCAACCGCGGUGACGCGAUGACAGAGUUGCACCAAGCAGCCGCAGCGGGGGACUUCGCUCGAGUUCAGGAGCUCCUCGGGCAAAAUGAAUGCGAUCCAAACCAGAGGGACGUCGACUGGAGCUGCAAGACGCCGCUUCACUGGGCGGCGGCUCGAGGACAUACCGACACGGCCCGGGUCCUCAUUGAGCAUGGAGCCCGGCCGUGUCUGAGGACGCAGCACGGCUGGACUCCAGCCCACAGCGCUGCCGAGUCCGGCCGGCUAUCAGUGCUGCGGCUGCUGCACGCCCUCCAUGCCCCGAUGGACACGGACGACUGCUGCGGAGACAAACCAGCACGGAUAGCUGAAAUAUAUGGACACGCCGACUGCGUUCUCUUCCUUAAAAAAGCAGAAAUUGAAUGCCAGGCCUACCGCAAAGUGGCAGCCCAGAAAGGGGUUUCAGUGGAUGACACAGAUGAGGAGUGGGCCGAACAAGGAAAGGAGAACGAAGACCAGGCGGUCUCUCAGAGCAACACUCAGACUCACCUUUACUCCACAAAGUGUGUACCAAAGUGACAUCCUUGUAGCCUUACAGUCAACAGUGUUUCUGGGGCUUUGAAGGGUGUCCGUACUGAAUAAUAACACGUAAUAUACAGUAUUGCUUAAAUCACAUGAGCAAUAAUAUGAAGUUUAAGUUCAAGCAAAAAACAAAGAUUACAUGUUGGAAAUAUGUUAAAAACACGGAUAUCUACCUAACAAACUUUAUCACAGAUAAACAACAACAAAGUAGUCACAUCAGUAGAGACGAUGUAGAUGCAAAGAUAUUAUCUAUGGUUUUUAUGCGUAAAAUGUGGUGUGUUUUGAUGUAAGAGUGCACACAUUUAAGCCGGUUUUCACUUAUUCCAAGAUGAGACUAAGUUCGUGGUGCUGUCAGUGUUCGAUGCCGGCGCCUGGGAGAGCAGAGGAGAAGGAUGUGUAUCAUGAUACCAAUCAAUAGUCAUCAAUCAAUAGUCAUCAAUCCAUAGUCAUCAAUCAAUAGUCAUCGUGGUAUUUUACAUCAGAGUAAGCCCAGUUGCGGCACACUUACAUGUUUCUUUAGAUGUUUCUUUAGAUGUUUCAGCAGCGCUUCACGGGUCUGUCAAAGUUGGAAUAAAACAUUAUUAUUGGUGAAAUAAUAAUAAUGAUAAUGA